CGGCCAGCAGCGGCGAGCUCAGCUUCAGCCUGCGCACCAACGCCACGCGCGCCCUGCUGCUCUACCUGGACGACGGCGGCAACUGCGACUUCCUGGAGCUGCUGCUGGUGGACGGGCGCCUGCGCCUGCGCUUCGCGCUGUCCUGCGCCGAGCCCGCCACGCUGCACCUGGACACGCCGGUGGCCGACGACCGCUGGCACAUGGUGCUGCUGACGCGGGACGCGCGGCGCACCGCCCUGGCCGUGGACGGCGAGGCCCGCGCGGCCGAGGUGCGCUCCAAGCGGCGCCACAUGGAGGUGGCCAGCGACCUGUUCGUGGGCGGCGUCCCGCCCGACGUGCGGCUGUCGGCGCUCACGCUCAGCACCGUCAAGUACGAGCCGCCCUUCCGCGGGCUCCUGGCCAACCUGAAGCUGGGGGAGCGGCCGCCCGCCCUGCUGAGCAGCCAGGGCCUCCGCGGGGGAGCCGCCGACCCGCUCUGCGCGGCCCGCAACCCGUGCGCCAACGGCGGCCUGUGCACCGUGCUGGGCCCGGGCGAGGUGGGCUGCGACUGCAGCCACACGGGCUUCGGCGGCAAGUUCUGCAGCGAAGAGGAGCAGCCCAUGGAAGGUCCGGCUCACCUGACGUUAAACAGUGAAGUAGGGUCCUUACUGUUCUCCGAGGGGGGGGCCGGUCGAGGAGGAGCCAGUGAUGUGCACCAGCCAACAAAAGGGAAGGAGGAGUUUGUGGCGACCUUCAAGGGGAACGAGUUCUUCUGCUACGACCUGUCUCACAACCCGAUCCAGAGCAGCACGGACGAGAUCACGCUGGCCUUCCGCACCCUGCAGCGCAACGGCCUCAUGCUGCACACGGGCAAGUCGGCCGACUACGUCAACCUGUCCCUCAAGUCCGGCGCCGUCUGGCUCGUCAUCAACUUGGGAUCCGGCGCCUUCGAGGCCCUGGUGGAGCCCGUCAACGGCAAGUUCAACGACAACGCCUGGCACGACGUCCGGGUCACCCGAAACCUGCGCCAGCACGCAGGGAUUGGACACGCUAUGGUAAACAAACUGCAUUACCUGGUGACCAUCUCAGUGGACGGCAUCCUGACCACCACCGGCUACACCCAGGAGGAUUACACCAUGCUGGGCUCGGACGACUUCUUCUACAUCGGGGGCAGCCCCAACACGGCAGACUUGCCGGGCUCCCCGGUCAGCAACAACUUCAUGGGAUGUCUGAAGGAUGUGGUCUAUAAGAACAACGACUUUAAGCUGGAGCUGUCCAGGCUGGCCCGGGAAGGGGACCCCAAGAUGAAGCUUCAGGGCGAUCUGUCUUUCCGCUGCGAGGACGUGGCCGCCCUGGACCCCGUGACCUUCGAGAGCCCCGAGGCCUUCGUGGCCCUGCCCCGCUGGAGCGCCAAGCGCACGGGCUCGGUGAGCCUGGACUUCCGCACCACGGAGCCCAACGGGCUGCUCCUCUUCAGCCAGGGCCGGCGGGCGGGAGGCGGGCAAGGGGGCCACGGGGCGGCCCGGGCCGACUACUUCGCCAUGGAGCUGUUGGACGGCUACCUCUACCUGCUCCUGGACAUGGGCUCCGGGGGCAUCAAGCUUCGGGCGUCCAACCGGAAGGUCAAUGACGGGGAAUGGUGCCACGUGGACUUCCAGAGGGACGGGCGCAAAGGUUCCAUCUCAGUGAACAGCAGAAGCACCCCCUUUCUGGCCAGCGGGGAGAGUGAGAUCCUGGACUUGGAGAGUGAGUUGUACUUGGGCGGGCUCCCCGAGGGGGGGCGGGCGGACCUGCCCCUGCCCCCCGAAGUCUGGACGGCGGCGCUCCGGGCGGGAUACGUGGGCUGCGUUCGGGACCUCUUCAUCGACGGGCGCAGCCGUGACCUGAGGAGUUUGGCUGAAGCCCAAGGGGCCGUGGGGGUCGCCCCCUUCUGUUCGCGAGAGACGCUGAAGCAGUGUGGGACGGCCCCCUGCCGAAAUGGGGGGGUCUGCCGAGAAGGCUGGAACCGAUUUGUCUGUGACUGUGUGGGGACAGGCUUCCUGGGCCGGGUCUGUGAGCGAGAGGCCACAGUCCUGAGCUACGACGGCUCCAUGUACAUGAAGAUCAUGCUGCCCACGGCCAUGCACACGGAGGCCGAGGACGUGUCCUUGCGCUUCAUGUCCCAGCGCGCCUACGGCCUCAUGAUGGCCACCACCUCCAAGGAGUCCGCAGACACGCUGCGCCUGGAACUGGAUGGGGGGCAGAUGAAGCUCACCGUCAACCUUGACUGCCUGCGCGUCGGCUGCGCACCCAGUAAAGGCCCGGAGACUCUCUUUGCCGGACACAAGCUCAAUGACAACGAGUGGCACACGGUCCGCGUGGUGCGGCGUGGCAAGAGUCUGCAGCUGUCUGUGGACAACGUGACCGUGGAGGGGCAGAUGGCCGGCGCCCACACGAGGCUGGAGUUCCACAACAUCGAGACGGGCAUCAUGACCGAGCGGCGCUUCAUCUCCGUGGUGCCCUCCAACUUCAUCGGGCACCUGAGCGGGCUGCUGUUCAACGGGCAGCCUUACAUGGACCAGUGCAAAGACGGCGACAUCACCUACUGUGAGCUCAACGCCCGCUUCGGCCUGCGGGCCAUCGUGGCCGACCCCGUCACCUUUAAGAGUCGAGCCAGUUACCUGGCGCUCGCCACGCUCCAAGCCUACGCCUCCAUGCAUCUCUUUUUUCAAUUCAAGACCACGGCUCCCGACGGACUCCUCCUCUUCAACUCGGGCAACGGCAACGACUUCAUCGUUAUCGAGCUGGUCAAGGGGUACAUCCACUAUGUGUUUGAUCUGGGAAACGGCCCAUCUCUGAUGAAGGGGAACUCGGACAAGCCCGUCAAUGACAACCAGUGGCAUAAUGUGGUGGUAUCAAGGGACCCGGGCAACGUGCACACACUCAAGAUUGACUCGCGCACAGUCACACAGCACUCCAAUGGCGCCCGGAACCUGGACCUCAAAGGAGAGCUGUACAUUGGUGGUCUGAGCAAGAACAUGUUCAACAACCUGCCGAAGCUGGUGGCCUCCCGGGACGGCUUUCAGGGCUGCCUGGCCUCGGUGGACCUCAACGGCCGCCUCCCGGACCUCAUCGCCGACGCCCUGCACCGCAUCGGGCAGGUGGAGAGGGGCUGUGACGGCCCCAGCACCACCUGCACCGAGGACUCCUGCGCCAACCAGGGCGUCUGCUUGCAGCAGUGGGACGGCUUCACCUGCGACUGCACCAUGACCUCCUACGGGGGCCCCAUCUGCAACGACCCCGGGACCACCUACAUCUUUGGGAAGGGCGGGGCGCUCAUCACCUACACGUGGCCCCCCAAUGACCGGCCCAGCACGAGGAUGGACCGCCUGGCCGUGGGCUUCAGCACCCACCAGCGCAGCGCCGUGCUGGUGCGGGUGGACAGCGCCUCUGGCCUCGGAGACUAUUUGCAGUUGCACAUCGACCAGGGCACCGUGGGGGUGAUCUUUAACGUGGGUACUGACGACAUCGCCAUCGAUGAGCCCAACGCCAUCGUGAGCGACGGCAAGUACCACGUGGUGCGCUUCACCCGGAGCGGGGGCAACGCCACCCUGCAAGUGGACAGCUGGCCAGUGAACGAGCGCUACCCAGCAGGAAACUUUGAUAACGAACGGCUGGCGAUUGCUAGACAGAGAAUCCCCUACCGGCUUGGUCGAGUAGUAGAUGAGUGGCUGCUCGACAAAGGCCGUCAGCUGACCAUCUUCAACAGCCAGGCUGCCAUCAAGAUUGGGGGCCGGGACCAGGGCCGCCCCUUCCAGGGCCAGGUGUCCGGCCUCUACUACAAUGGGCUCAAGGUGCUGGCCCUGGCCGCCGAGAGCGACCCCAACGUACGGACCGAGGGCCACCUGCGCCUGGUGGGGGAGGGGCCGUCCGUGCUGCUGAGCGCGGAGACCACGGCCACCACCCUGCUGGCCGACAUGGCCACCACCAUCAUGGAGACCACCACCACCAUGGCCACCACCACCACGCGGAGGGGCCGCUCCCCCACCCUUCGGGACAGCACCACCCAGAACACAGAUGACCUCCUGGUAGCAUCGGCAGAGUGUCCGAGCGAUGAUGAGGACCUGGAGGAGUGUGAGCCUAGUACUGGAGGCGAGUUAAUUUUGCCCAUUAUUACGGAGGACUCCCUAGACCCCCCUCCUGUGGCCACCCGCUCCCCCUUCGUGCCCCCGCCCCCGACUUUCUACCCCUUCCUCACGGGCAUGGGGGCCACCCAAGACACCCUGCCCCCGCCCGGGGCCCGGCGACCUCCCGCCGGGCCGCCCCCGUGCCAGGGCGGGGAGCAGGACGACAGCGACUGCGAGGAGCCCAUCGAGGCCUCGGGCUUCGCCUCGGGGGAGGUCUUUGACUCCAGUCUGCCCCCCACGGACGACGAAGACUUUUACACCACUUUCCCCCUGGUCACGGACCGUACCACCCUCCUGUCCCCCCGCAAGCCUCCUCCCCCCCGGCCCAACCUCAGGACAGACGGGGCCACGGGCGCGCCGGGGGUCCUGCUCGCCCCCUCCGCCCUGCCCCCCAACCUGCCGGCGGGCAAAAUGAACCACCGCGACCCGCUGCAGCCGCUGCUGGAGAACCCGCCGGUGGCGGCGGCCGGGGGCCCCGGGGCGCCCACCGCCUUCGAGCCGCGCCGGCCGCCCCCCGCCCCGGCCCCGGGCGUGACGGCGGCCCCCGGCUUCCCCCGUGUGCCCACAGCCAACCCCACGGGCCCCGGGGAGCGGGGCCCGCCCGGCGCCGUCGAGGUGAUCCGCGAGUCCAGCAGCACCACGGGCAUGGUGGUGGGCAUCGUGGCGGCCGCGGCGCUGUGCAUCCUCAUCCUCCUCUACGCCAUGUACAAGUACCGCAACCGCGACGAGGGCUCGUACCAGGUGGACCAGAGCCGCAACUACAUCAGCAACUCGGCGCAGAGCAACGGCGCCGUGGUCAAGGAGAAGGCCCCGGCCGCGCCCAAGGCGCCCGGCAAGGCCAAGAAGAACAAGGACAAGGAGUACUACGUGUGAGCGGCCCCGCCGCCGGACUUCUCGCGCCCAGAGGCGCCGCAAAGAGGCAAGAGGAAGAGAACGCGGGAACAGGAUCGCCCCUCCUCGCCUUCCCUCCCGGCCGCCCGGCGGCCUCCCUCCCCCGGCCCAGGGAGCCGGCGAGGGCCGCUCGGAGCUCCCACUCCCACCCGGCCCUGGAUUGAUUUAUUUUUUUAAAGGGGGGGUGAUUUUAUUUAGGGGGGGCGUGGGGGCGGGAAGGCAGGCAGGGGUUUUGUAAAGUGUUCGCUUCUCGUCCGGUUCCUUUCCUCGAUUCCCCUUCUUUCCUUCUCUCCCUAAUCCCUUCCUUUCCUUCCUUCUCCUCCCUUUCUUUCUUUCUCCCUCCCUCUCUCCCUUCCCUGCCUCUCUUCCUUCCUUCCUAUCUCCCUUCCCUCUCUUCCAUCUUUCCUUGUCUUUCUCCCUUCCUAACUAGCUCCCUUCCUACUUUCCUUCUUCCCUUCCCUCUCACCCUCCCUUCCCUCUCUUCUUUCUUUCUUUCUUUCCUUCCUUCUCUUCCUUACUCCCUUCCUACCUCUCCCUUUCCCUUUUUCCUUUUUUCCUACCUUCCCUCAGUCCCUUUUUUCUUUUCUCCCUUCCCUCUCUUACUUUCUUUUCUUCCUCUCUCCUUCCCUCACUUCCUUCCUCUCUUGUUCCCUCUCUUCCUACCUCUCUUGCUCUCUCUCUUCCUACUUUCUUUCCUUCUCUCUCUCCCUUCCUUCCUCUCUCCUUCCCUUACUUUCUUCCUCUCUCGUUCCCUCUCUUCCUCCUUUCUUUCCGUCCUUCCCUCUCCCUCGGCCUUCCUUUCUCCAUCUCUUUCUCCUUUCUCUCCCCCCCCCCCAUUUCACUGGCUGUGCCUCUUCCUCCCUUUGUCUCUUUCUGCUCCUCCCUUUUCCUGCCCUCUCCCUUUUCUCGUGUUUUCCUUCCUUCCCUGCCCUCCUCUCCCCUCCCCCUCCAUGUUUCGGUUUGUGGGAGCAGCAGCAGCUGGCAGUAUCACGUGGGAAGGGUUGGGCUUCGAUGGGGUUUGGGUCACGAAGGGGGGAAGGUGGGCACAGUGUGUUGGGGUGAGUCCUUAGGGCCAGGGCUCCGGGCAGAGAGGGGAGGCUUAGCCCCAGAGGCCAGGCUCCCUAGACAGACUGGUGCCCUGCCCUGCCCUGCCCGCCUCGGGGAGGACCUGGAGGUCUCUUGACAAGUUGAGUUUUCGGGCGACGUGCAUUCGGGAUCUGGCAGAGAAGAGCAUCUGUGCGUGUGUCGGGUUGGGGGGCGGGGGGCGGGCGGGGUGGGGGGAAAGGAAAAUGCAGAUAUAUAUUAAAGACAAUUAUCUAGAUAUCAAUAACCUGUGGCAUCCCGGGCGAGAGGGAGCCGGGAGGAACGGCCCCACGGACUUGCUGGGGGGACAGUUCUCUGCCGAAGGGGCUCCCGUCCCCCAUUGUUAUUUUUUCUUUCUCUCUCUUUGUUAACAAAUGUGUCUGAGUCUUGGAAAACACCCCAAUUCCGGAAAUGUGUGGGAGAAACAAAAGAAACUUUCCAAACUCCA